AUGUACGGACAUCACGGAGGGACAAAAAGUGAACCAAUUACUUUCUACUGUUGUUUGCUACCUUUUAGCCUGUUUUGUAACACGACAUGGCAUCUGUUAUUCUAAAACCUACUCACCUCCGCUGCUUCGUGAGGACAUGCGGACUAUUAAACAAGCGCCGGAUAGGGAUAACAUUGUGCUUAGACAGACGGUAGUUAUACAUCUCUUUCACUGUCAUUCAUAUAACUAAGGUGUGAUUUCAUGAGCAAAGUGCUAGCUGUAUCUUCGACAUGAUAAAUAUGUUGAAUCAAUUUUGGUAUUGUUAUUAAUUUGUGAAGCUGAAGUUAUAUUCGUUGUGAGACUGUUGAGUCCCUAAGACGUGUAAAUAUAGCAUCCAGUUGUCUUAACCCUUGAACACUAUCGCUAAAAUUAGUAACACCAUCACUAAUAUACCCAAGAAAAAGUACUUGUCAUCAAAAUAUAUCAAAAUAGGACAAUACAUGAAAAAUUAAAGUAGUUGUCUUUUAUUUUUAACUGUGCAAUGUCCAAAGGGAGAAAGAAAAAGUGCCAUAAGUGGACCAUACAAAAAAUGCAACAAAAUUAACUGAAAGUAGGCAUUCAUGAAACAAAAAAAACCCCCUAAAAAAUAAGAUAUCUGUAGAAACUGUAAACUUAGUUACUAUUCCACCCAUUCCUUGGGCAUGUGAGUCUUCCCUGGUGAAGACUCAGGGUCCUUGGCACAAUAACAGCUGCAGGAGAGAGAACCAAAAUAUGGCAUAUUUUGAGUGAGUCAAAAUGACCAGAUGACUAAAAUAUUUCUUAUCACCAUAUGAAUUCCCUUGAAACUCACUACUUUGUCAUAGUUACUCAUAACCACUACAAAGAAAUAUAAAUAAAGAUAGCAUGCAAAAUUCCAGGACCACUCUUACUGACCUUAUUCGCCUACAUCAAAUCAACAAAUAUGCCUUCAAAGAUGUCAAAGGUAAUGCUGAAGCUACCCAUCACGUAAACAUGUUUGGUCGGGUGAAAAAUCACUCGGCGAUAGUGUUCUAGGGUUAAUAUUGUUAUCAAAUAUCAUAUCCCCUAAUCAAAGUCAUUCUGUUGUUUAAUCCUUUCUCCCUUUUUUUCUUUACAGUUAUGCCUCAGAAGGAGAUAAGAAGAUACCCAAAAUAUACACCAAAACUGGAGACAAAGGUGUUUUUCACAACUUCACCUGGUGGUCUUUACAUAUUGUAUUGAUAUGUGUCGUCACAUUAUUUUACAAAUAUUGUCUAUCUUUAAAGGUUUCUCAAGCACAUUCACUGGAGAAAGGAGGCCGAAAGAAGAUCAUAUUUUUGAAGCUCUGGGAAAUACAGAUGAGCUGUCUUCGGCAAUUGGGUAAUAUUGAAAUAAUCAGACAAAUACAAUCACUUUUAAUUUUUAUUUAUGGUGUUGCCAUCCAGAGUUGACAUAUACGGUAUGUGUGCAUGACAGGUUGGCCAGAGAGUUUUGUGAAGACAAAGGACACACGUUCACAUAUCAGCUGGACAAGGUUUGGUUUUCUGUUUGCUUUUAUGAAUUCCCUCCCUGUCUGACAUUUAGCAUCAACGUUUUUUUGAAUAUCUUGCUCUUUUCAUUCCAGAUACAGUGCAUUUUGCUAGACGUUGGAUCUGACAUUGCCACCCCAAGAUCAUCUGCAAGAGACAGUCAUUUAAGUAUGCAUUGACUGGCUAGCCUAAAGCAGCAAAAUGUUGCAUUUUGUUGACUUGAUCUUCCAGGGUUAUCUUUGUUUCUUUUUGUAAGAGAGGACAAAAUUUAAUCCCCAGCCAAUCGCAGAACUGGAAACCUGGAUUGAUAAAUUUACAGAAGAACUUCCUCCUCUGACUAAUUUCAUUUUACCUGUAAGCCCAUUAGAAUUACUACAUCAAAGUUUUUAUGAGAGUGCAGGUUUUUCCCUGUUGUGCUAACACAGUAUGUGCGCUUUGUAUAUCACAGUCUGGAGGAAAGAGCAGCGCAGCUUUGCACUUGGCUCGGACAGUGUGCCGGAGAGCUGAACGCAGGUAAGCUGAAGCAUGCCUCUGGCUUCAAAUCAUGCAAAAAAGACUCUAUUAUUAUUUUUGGUCCUGACAGAUCUUUGUACUGGUCAUAGUGUUGCUCCAAUUGUGCGCUCGGGUGAGGCAGAUCCAGAUGUUGCCAAGUUUUUGAACAGGUAGGUACAGUGUUUUGAAAUUUGCUUGGGAACACUGUUCUUUUACCACAAAUCUGAUGAAUGUCCUCAAUUGUUUUCAUUUAGAUUAAGCGACUACCUGUUCACCGUGGCCAGAUAUGCUGCCAUGAAAGAAGGCAGGGAGGAGAAAAUCUACAAAAGACCACAAUGACCAUUCACCGAAAUGGAAAAAAGUACUUCGGACUUGUUUGGUUUGUAAAUGCUUGAUGACCACAUUUCACUUUCUUUGUAAAUAUAAAUAAAUCAACAAGGUUCAACAUGGUUUCAUAUUUUAAUGACUUCUCAGCACAAUGACACAUUUUAAUCUUU